AUGCCGUCAUCUGCGUCCGAACGAACACCGCUACUUCGCUCUACAUCGGCAAACACCCCCGUCACCGAAGAUGCAAUAACCACCGCAGAAGUAGCGCAACAAGGCCAGGGCGCGGCGCCUCAGUUUCCAACAUCGCAGAAAGCGAGAAGCGGCUCACUUACCGGAUCUGUCGACCCUGGCCAUGUGCCCCCAAUCACGGAUGAGGCAGAGAGCCUGACCAAGUUUCAAAAGAAUGGGAAAUUAGAAGGUGUUGGAGAGUGGAGGUUUAGGUUCGUGUUUGGUGGUAUUCUGCUUGGUUACUUCGUUGCCAUGUUUGACUCCACUCUCAUGGCAUCAACCUUUUUACUCACAUCAACUUCGCUGCAGCCACUUAUGGGCCGACUCUCAGAUACUCUGGGUCGUCGACCAUUGUAUCUGGCUGGUCUCGUCGUCCUCGCAGCUACGACCGCAUGGUGCUCUUUUGCGCAGACGAUUGGUAGCUUCAUCGCCGCCCGAGCCUUUUGCGGCAUUGGCGCAGCUGGUGUUCUAUCGAUGGGUAACAUCAUGACCAAUGACCUAGUCAGCAUUGAAGUACGGGGUACCUACCAGGCAUACAUCAACCUCUUCUACGGAGGCGGAUCUGCUUGCGGGGCAGCUUUUGGCGGCUUUCUAUGCGACAAGUUAGGAUGGCGGAUGACUUUUGCCAUACAGAUACCCAUACUUGUCAUGCUGUUCAUAAACGCCAUAUUCACCACGCCCUCUUCACUCGGCCCAAACUUAGCCAAACGCUAUGGUCUAGGUUUGCAGGAAGGGCUGAAGGGAUUCGACAUCGCCGGAUCCUUCUUGCUGACGGUAUCUGUCGCGUUUCUGAUUUUAGGGCUCAAUCUUGGAGGCAAUGUAUACCCAUGGAAGCACUGGAUCGUCAUCACAUCGCUGGUCAUCGCGCUCGUGACAGGCGCCGUUCUCGUCAAAGUUGAGUCUAGAGCUGCGCGAGCGGUCAUGCCUCUGCCCAUGUUGUUUAGCAAGCCUCGAGGCAAUCUUGUCUUCAACAAUUUCUUUGCACAGGUUGGCAUGAACACCAUCCUAUUCAACGCGCCCUUGUACUUCCAAGCGGUUGAGCUCGAGACAGCGUCUGUCUCCGGGUUCCGCCUUGCUGGCCCUUCCGUUGCCUUAACCAUUUGCGGCGUGUCUGCAGGCUUCAUCAUGACCGCCACUGGUCGGAUGAAGUGGCUCAUUGUUGUUGGCUCACUUUCGAUGCUGUUGGGCGCUACAUGUCUUUCCUUGAUGUGGGAUGGCAUUCCCAAGUGGCUUGCCACCGUAUUCCUGGUUCCAUCUAGCAUCGGUCAAGGGCUCAGUUUCCCGGCAACAAGUCUCGCGGUACUUGCAACAAGUACACAAGAAGAUCAAGCAGUCAUGACCAGCACACUCAUCUUGUGGCGCAGUCUCGGUAUUGUCAUGGGUGUCUCGUUGAGCAGCCUCAUUCUACAGAAUGCUUUGACCUCGUACCUCGAAGCACUGGUCACCGGUCACAAUAAGGCGAAGAUUAUUCAACACGUUCGCAAAUCGGUACGCAGCAUAAUCGACCUUGAUGCUAAGCACAAAAGUCAAGUCAUUGAAGCAUACAGCCGUAGUCUGCGACUGGUCUUCAUCUCGGCAAUCGCCAUGUUCAUCAUCGUGAACAUACUAGUGUUCGCCAUCGAACUUCCGCAGCUCAAGAAAUCCAAAGUGCACGACGAAGAAGAAGAAGAGUCAACGUAG